GACCAGUUGUCAGCAGACAUGUACAAUUUCGUGGCCAAAGAAAUAGACUAUGCAAACUACUUCCAGACGCUUAUCGAGGUUCAGGCGGAGUAUCACCGGAAAUCUCUGGAGAUUCUGCAGAGUGUCCUGCCUCAGAUCAAAGCUCACCAGGAGGCGUGGAUGGAGAAGCCGUCCUAUGGGAAGCCUUUGGAGGAACACCUGACCAUCAGCGGUCGAGAGAUCGCUUUCCCCAUCGAAGCCUGCGUCACCAUGCUGCUGGAGUGUGGCAUGCAGGAGGAGGGUUUGUUCAGAGUAGCUCCCUCUGCCUCUAAACUGAAGAAGCUGAAAGCCUCUCUGGACUGUGGGGUCUUGGAUGUGCAGGAGUACUCGGCCGAUCCACACGCUAUAGCCGGGGCUCUGAAAUCGUACCUUCGGGAACUCCCGGAACCUCUCAUGACCUCUGAACUCUAUGAUGAGUGGAUACAGGCCUCAAAUAUCCAGGACAUGGACAAAAGACUACAAGCUCUGCUGGCUGCCUGUGAAAAACUACCCCCUGACAAUUUGAACAACUUCAGAUAUUUGAUCAAAUUUUUAGCCAAACUCACUGAGUACCAGGAUGCUAACAAAAUGACUCCAGGUAACAUCGCUAUAGUGUUGGGUCCCAACCUGCUCUGGUCAAAUUCAGAAGGGAACAUGACUGAAAUGAUGACCACAGUAUCUCUGCAGAUCGUCGGCAUCAUAGAGCCCAUUAUACAACACGCAGACUGGUUUUUCCCCGGAGAUAUUGAAUUCAACCUGACGGGCAGUUAUGGAAGCCCCAUCCACACCAACCACAACUCCAACUACAGCUCCAUGCCUUCGCCGGACAUGGACCAAUCAGAGCGCAAGCAGCAGCACGACCAGGGUCGACGCCCACUGAGCGUGGCCACCGACAACAUGAUGCUUGAGUUCUACAAGAAGGACGGCAUUAGGAAGAUUCAAAGUGUGGGGGUUAGGGUAAUGGAUACGUCCUGGGUCAGGGGAAAGGGUACAUCUACACUGGCACGUAAGGCUUCCUCCACCCCUCCCAGCAUGCAGGGGCCUGGGUCCCCAGCAGACGCUCUCAUACCCGAACAACCAGGGGAGCUCGCCACCUCUCUGUCUCCUACUCCGCCACCCGCAGACAGGGGCAGCUCUGACGACGCGUCGCCCAAUCGCUCGGACUCCUCUCACGCCUACCCGUCCCACGGGGAGGAGCGGCCGCCCCCUCCUUACCCCUCCUCUUCCUCCUCUUCCUCUUCUUCCUCUCACACAGCCCCCCACCACUUCUACCCCAAACCCCCCCCUUGCGCUCGGCCCGUGGCCCCAGGCCCCGAGUCCCAGCCUCCAGGUUCCCCCCCACCGCCCCUUCGCUGGUCUGGCUUCAGCCCGCCUCAACCCCCUCCCUCUUCCUCUUCCUCCUCUUCUUCGUCCUCACUGGACAUCAACUCUAACCCCAAGCCCAGCUGCCUGCACUUUCCCAAACACGGCCCCGCGUGUGACGCACCGCACAUUGCACCACCUGACACUAACACUUCGCCCCUCUACAUUAAAACACCCCUCGUGCUGACCCGACACGACGUUUCCCUCGGCAACCCCCCUAGCCUCCCUUCCUCCGCCCCCCCACCGUGGGCUGCCUGUCCAUGCGCCCGUGAGAGAGGACCCCCCAGGUUGACUAGCACUCUGAAAAGCAAGGAGCUCUCCCCUGUGAUUGGCCACAAGGCUGUGCAAGUGACUGGACCAACAGUGCCCCCUGUCAGCGGCCAGCAGAGCAGCAGCCAGUCACCUCAUUCUGCAGAGCACAGCCCCCACACCCUGCGCAAAGCCUCUAAGAAGCUGGCCCCUGUCCCGCCCAAGGUCCCCUACGCCCCAUCUGGGGGGAUGUCAGACCAGUCCACAGGUCAGCCGUCACCGGUCAGCCUGUCCCCCACUCCCCCCAGUACCCCCUCCCCGUACGGACUGGGCUGUCCCCCCGGACACGCACCCGCGUCCUCCCCCGGCCAGACCCCCAUGGGGGCCUCCCAUUCCCUGUCCUCCCCACCCUCUCUGACCGGCACCCUCACCAAAUCCAGGCCCACCCCAAAGCCAAGGCAGAGACCGAGCCUGCCCCCACCUCAGCCUCCCACCGCCCCCCCAGGCCUUUCGGGCCCAGCCCCCCAGCCCCUGGAGCAGGGCCUGCUGGACGGAAUGUCUCCCGGGGAGAGCAUGUCCACAGCAGAUCUCUUCAGUUUGGAAAUCCCCCCCAUUAACGUCAACCUGGACAGCCUGCUGGACGAGUUCAGGGUCGCCCCUUGCCGGGGCUCCCUGACCGUGGCCGGCCCUUCGGAAGGACAGCCCGUGUCUGAAGAAGAGUCCCAGAGCACCAUGCUAUGA